AGUGCACGGUGUGUGACGAUUCAUCCAAGGAAUCAACUCUCUGACGGUCAAUGUAUGGAUGUGUCAACGUGUGUGCACCGACUGGCGGCGCAACAGAAUCUGACUUCAUGCAGAGACACAGGCAAGCUAGUACGACACGCAGACAUAUAUCUACAGGUCGACAAUGGGGUAGAGGACACCUCGGUGCUCGAACACUAAAUGAUACGGCCGACCGCCGUGCUCAAGGUGGCUGGCAGCAGACGGCACCGACUCUGAUGAACACACACACAUACACACAGCCGCCACAACCUGUUCAAAGACACAGCCCUUUGCCUGUCGGUGUGGGUGUGUCUGUCACCUUUUGGUUGUAUACGGUCGGCGAGAGCGACCGCCACGUGCGUCGAUAGCAGACCUACUUUGAGAUAAUCUGCAGCUGCACGCAGCCCAGCGCACACCACAACCAUGUAAUCCAUCCAUCAAUGCAGUGGACGGACGGAUUUAUGGAUGGAUGAUGGAUGGAUGUGACCAUUCUCCGGGCUUAGCUUACGUGUCUUCACGGUGGAGGGCAGGGUCGGCUCCUCUCUAAUUGGGGCCUCAGCGCUGCUAUCUGCCGGUGACGCCUGUGCGGCCCGCCGUGCACUGCGUGGCCUGAAGAAAGAUGGGUGGAAGAACCUACCACGAGAAGACACCAGCUGCUCGGGGUGGAAUGGCACCCUCAGGCUACAUCCAUCCAUCCAUCCAUGCAGAACGCACAAGACACGUGCACAACACGAGGCUGACGACAUACACUUGGUUCCCCCCUGUCCUGCAACGUGUAGCUUUCUUCGUCUGCUGACCUUCCCGCAUAGGUCAGGAAGGGAGCGUCGCCACCCUCACCUGCAUAUGCCAUGCAUGGUAUGCAGGCAACAGACAAGACAGCACAGCACACCAAAUCCAUUCAAGCAGGCAGGCAGGCAGGGACUCACGUGCCGUGCCAGGUGGCUGUGGCUCACACACAUACAAAGUGAGUGGAAGACGAUAGGCGCCUCUUCUGCCCGCACCCAGUUGAGCUCUCGGCCACACGGCGAAACCCAUGGAUACCGCUCAGCGAGGUCGGGACGCGACGUGUUCUCGCGGAGUUGGCGCCAGAAGAAAUCCAGAAACUUGCCGUCUGCUCAGCAGCGCACACACGUGCAAACGUAGGAACAGAUGGGGAUGAGUGCGAUUUGUCCUGCAGUGAUGGUCAUCCAUCGCUCACCUUUGAGCGAUGUUGCGAUGUUCUUAGGCUCGGUGUCCUCCAGAAAGAGGUGCCCCUGAUGCCCUACGACGUAGAAAUACUCACGCGGAGGCGGAUCUGCAGCAGCGGACGAAGAUGAACGGCAUGGCAUCUUCGGAAAGCACGGGACAAGCCUUGUGCGCAGGGCCUUAACGACGGGAGGGAACAUGGCAUUCGGGGGACGGUGGCAUGCGAGAGAUUCGGCUGGUCACGCCCUUUGAUCAAAUGGCG